CAGCCGAGAAUGCCCAGGCUCAGCCUGGAGAAGGCCCUGAGCGCGGUGCUCAGCGUGCGGGGCUGGCAGCUGUGCCGCUGCCCGCUGCUGCACGCAGAGGCCGCGCGGGCUCUUCUCCAGGCUCCUGCGGGCCCGAGCCGGGUGCCCACGGAGCCCCGGCCCGGCGGCGCUGCGGGGCGGCCCCGCGGCUCCCCGGGCAGCAGCCGGCGCUCUGCCCCCUCCGGAGCCCGGCGCCAGCGGCUGCUGGCCGCGCCUCAGGGCUGCGCGGGCAGGGGAGGCCGGGGCUGCGCGCAGCGAGCGCCCGGCCCGGGGGCUGAGCCCGCGCCAAGCCUCCCCUGCUGCCGCUCUCUGCAGCUGGCAGAGGACAGGAGCCGAGCGGCCGAGCACCUGCGCCGGGCCCUGCGCUACCUGCAGAGCCCACGGGAGCCCCUGCGAGAGGCGGCCAUCCGGUUCAUGGGGGUGGCCGGGAUGGUCAUGAGGGGGCAGCAAGAGCUCGAGGUCCUCAAUGAGGCCCUUCAAGGCCCGAGAAGAGAUGAGACCCCCUUCCCAAAUUGACAUAGUAGUUCAGCGGAGAAUCACUGAGAGAUAUGCAGAACUACCUUUAUCUGGUGGCUCAGAAAAACCAUUGCUCCUAAAAGUCCUAAAAACACCAUGGAAAAGGAGACCACCUGGAGAGACCAGAAGAGACCAGCUGGAGCUCCAGGCACAGCUGAUGAUGGGCACAGCUGAGCCUGUGGGAAACUUGCAUGGCUUCAGAUAUGCUUAUAGAUAGCUCCUUCCCUCCAGCCCUCAGACUGUACCCAUCCCUUCUUUUUCCCUCCACUCUCCCUUCCUUUUGACAGCUCUUUCCCUUCAGCCCUCAGACCCUGC